AUGUUUGGACCGGCAAAGGGUGGUCAUUUUGGAGUCCACCCGGCGGCUGGUUGCCCCGGCGGCGUCUGCCAGCUUGCUGCCGGGGCGAAAGCUGGCCCCACCGGUGUCUGCCCUGUGGGCGGCCGCACCAACGCGAUGUGGCGGCUCCGCUGCAAGGCCAAGGAGGGCACCCAUGUUUUGCAGGGGUUGUCCAGCCGGACCCGGGUGCGGGAACUCCAGGGCCAGAUUGCCGCCAUCACCGGGAUCUCCCCAGGCUGUCAGCGAAUCCUCGUCGGAUACCCGCCCGAGUGCCUGGAUCUCAGCAACGGGGAUACCAUUCUGGGGGAUUUGCCUAUCCAGUCAGGUGACAUGCUGAUCGUUGAAGAAGACCAAAGUAGGCCCAAAACGUCACCUGCAUUUACAAAAUAUGGUGCUCCUAGUUACGUCAGGGAAACUUUGCCUGUGCUUACCAGGAUGGCAGUCCCAGCAGACAACUCCUGUCUCUUUACCAGUGUGUACUAUGUUGUUGAAGGAGGAGUCUUGAAUCCAGCUUGUGCCCCUGAGAUGAGACGCUUAAUAGCACAAAUUGUAGCAAGUGAUCCAGACUUUUAUAGUGAGGCAAUACUGGGAAAAACAAAUGAAGAGUACUGUGACUGGAUCAAAAGGGAUGAUACUUGGGGCGGAGCUAUUGAAAUAUCCAUUUUGUCUAAAUUUUACCAAUGUGAAAUAUGUGUAGUGGAUACACAGACCGUUCGAAUUGAUCGUUUUGGGGAAGAUGCAGGAUAUACCAAAAGGGUACUUCUCAUUUAUGAUGGCAUCCACUAUGAUCCGCUUCAGUGUGUCUUCCCUGACCCAGACACCCCUCCUCUGACUAUUUUCUCCUCUUAUGAUGAUAUUGUUCUUGUGCAAGCACUGGAAUUAGCAGAUGAAGCUAGAAAGAAGAGACAGUUUACAGAUGUAAACCGCUUCACCCUGAGAUGCAUGGUAUGUCAGAAGGGAUUAACUGGACAAGCAGAAGCAAGGGACCAUGCCAAGGAGACAGGCCAUACCAACUUCGGAGAAGUGUGA